CAGACGCAAGUGCUCACAGAACCUUCACCACAUGUUGAAAAGUGGCAUGCGCUCCAGAGGAGAGAUGAAGAUGCUGCACCUUUUGGUUCUGACUCUGCUCACACUGACCGGUGUUCUCUCAGAUGGUGGAUGGGGUGUGAAUUAUUCUGAGCCGAUCUGCGCUGUGAGAGGAUCUGAUGUCAUAAUUUCCUGCACUUAUUUCUACCCAAAGUCAGUGCAGCAGUUGGAAAGAGUUUUCUGGUGCUCAAUGAACUCAAAUUCAGGAACGUGUUAUGAUGGACUGUAUGUUUAUGACAGUGACUCUACUGCAGCUUCAGGAGACUUUAAGUAUGUUGGUGACAAAACAUCAAACUGUACUUUAUUAAUCAGUAAUGUACAGUUCAGUCACUCUGGAGAGUAUAAAUUCAGAUUUAUAACUGAUGUCGAGAUAGGAAGAUGGACAGGUGACCCUGGAGUGACUCUUAAAGUGGCAGUUGUGCAGGUGUCGAUGAUCAGACUCUCUGGAAACGGGACUCUAAAAGAAGGAGACUCUGUAAAUCUGACUUGCGCUGUGAACUGCACUCUCAGCUCUCCACAGUUUGUGUGGUUUAAGAACAGAGAGCGUUUACCUGAAUCAGGCUCUGUUCUUCACCUUCCUGCUCUGACUAUGAGGAACUCUGGGAAUUAUUCCUGUGCUUUGAGGAACUACGAGAACUUCACGUCUGAAAUGAUCAGCCUUGACGUAAAAGGUCUCUUUUUGUCAAGCAUGGUCUCACUUGGGUUGAUAGUAGUCAUACUGACCUUGACUGCUGUACUUUACUGCAUGUGGUCUGUCGGCACUGACCAGCAGAAAGAAGACACCUACACCACCAUUAUCUACAGUACAGUGACCACAGAAUAAUGCCUUUAAACACAAAAGUACACAAAAGGCCUAAUUUAUAGUCAUUAUCAUUAUAAAGGCACAGGCUACACAACAGAUAUGAUAUAUUUGUUAGUGUGAACUUGUUUAUUUAUUCCACUAUGCUGGUUUUCAUAAUAAACUAUUAUAGGAACAAAAGCUAGAUUCUGAUUUAUGACAAUUUCAUGCUUGGUGCCUUAUUUAUGAUUAUUUUGAUGAUGAUCUUUGAUGAGAUGAUCUUUGGUCUGCUUAUUGCUAUAUGAGCUAUUUGGGCCUUAAGAGUUCUUGAAUGGACUAUAGGAUUGAGAAUGUAAGCAUUAAAUAAACCAUA